ACACAUUAGUUUGACUAUUAAUGAAUGAUACCAGUCAUCACCUGUCUGUUUUCACAAUCUGUGAUGAUAUUCUCUGGAAUAAUAAGUCAAACAAACAAAUACAAUACAGAUGAGUGAGGUCACAGGAAUCCAUGGAUGCACUAAAGAAUGACGUACUGGAACAGAACUGGGGUGUGAUCUACCAAGAAAGAGACGCUGAUACUGCAUAUGAAAUACUGUUGGAAAUGUUGAGCUCACUCGAUGAUAAAAAUUGUCCAAAGAAUAUAACAGAAAUUUUAAAUACUGUCCAUGGAUCACAACGGGGCUACAGAAAGAAAAAUACAGUUCACAGUGAUUUCAUAAGACAACCAACUAAAGAGGAAGAAAAUAAAUAUAAAAAUAUACAAAUUCAUAUUAUAAGGAAAAGUACAGAAAAAAGAUAAAAGAAUAUUGGAGGAAAAUAUUUGAAAAUAACAAAAAUAAUAUUAAGGAAAUAUGGAAUACGGAUAACAAAAGAAGAAUUCAACUUACCUUUUUCUCCUCUAACUUGGUCCAUCUUUCUGUCCCUAUCAUGCAGCAGUUCAAAAACAACAGUAUUAAGGAGUGUGUCUGAAUGAGGAGAUGUCUGUUUAAAAACCAACGAUUCAUGGAUUCAUGGACAACAGUGUUUUUAUCUUUGACCAUGUUGCUGUUUCCCAGGUAGGAUAAUAUUUGAUCACUGCAAUGUACCUGGAAGAAUGCCAGACAGAGAAGUAGAUAAGGAGCUGUUGAGUUUGGAAAUUCAUUGGAAGCUCCACAAACCUGCUACAUCUGCUGCUGCUGUGUAUUGACUCAGUAGGAAGUAUGAAGUACUUUAUUUUCUUGGCCCUCUUUGCUGCAACAUAUGCAGCUCGUGUCCAGGAUGACAAGAUUGUUGGAGGCUAUGAGUGCAGGAAGAACUCUGUGCCUUAUCAAGUGUAUCUGAACCCUGGCUUCGGCUUUUGUGCAGGUGCCCUGAUCUCCAGGACCUGGGUGGUGGCUUCUGCUCACUGCUUCCACUUUAAUAUGAAGGUGCACCUUGGUGAGCACGACCUUAAUGUCGAUGAGGGCACAGAGCAAAUCAUCGACGCUGAGAAGAUCAUCAGACACCCCGAUUCCGUCCUUGGCCACCUGAACGACAACGACAUCAUGCUGGUCAAGCUCAGCAAACCUGCCACCCUCAACAACUACGUCCGCACCGUGUCCCUGCCCACCAGCUGUGCUGUCGCUGGCACCAAAUGUCUCAUCUCUGGAUGGUCCGGGUGGAGAGAAAACAACUACUCUACUCCUCUGAUGUGCCUGGAUGUCCCCAUCCUGAGUGACACAAGCUGCAACUCCUCCUACCCCGGACUGAUCAGCUCCAACAUGUUCUGUGCAGAAUCCAUCGAGGAAGACACAAACUCCUGCAAGUAUGACUAUGAUACCCCACUGGUGUGCAAUGGUCAGCUGCAGGGUUUGCGGUCCUGGGGUGAAGACUGUGUCUGGGGGAACGCACCUGCAGUCUACACCAAGGUCUGCAAAUUCACCUCCUGGAUCCGGGAAAUCAUGAUGUCUGAAUAAAUGGAACUGAAGUCAUUUCAAACAACAUUAAUCUCAAGAAACUAUGGAAGCACUUUGAAAUGAAUAAAUGAUCAACCUGA